CUCCUCGAGUGUUCGAGACAUUCCAACGUACUGUCGCGGACGACGCCCGGUACUACACGCCGACCCAAAAUUCGAUACUUUUUCCUUUGCUUCGAGGUAGCAGCUGUGCGCGCGCGCGACACAGGACGCGACGGUUAGGACACUAUGGCUCAAAGAUUCGGCGCCUCCUCGCUGCACCAGCGCGACUCUCGCAGCGCGCUCUUCGAAGGCUACACCGGCGCCGGCGGCAGCGACAACGGCCGGCGACCCGUCAGCGCCUCGCCAUCUAGACUGGGCGGUGGAUAUGGAUACGGGUACGCGGGCGGCAGCGCAUCACCUGCGCCGCCCAUGGGCGGUAGCCACCUCGGUAUUGACGCGAACCGGGGGUUCCGGCCUGCGACGCCGAAUAAACGGGGCCAAUACAGCGACGCCGUGCUAAACGAGCUCGAGAGCCAGAAUGACGAGCAGGUCGCGGGUAUCAUGGGCAAAGUCAAGAUCUUGAAGAGCAUGACGGUAGCCAUUGGUGACGAGAUUCGCGACUCCUCGGCCCUGGCAGAGAAGAUGAACGACAGCUUCGACUCGACGCGCCUGCGCAUCCGCGGGACCAUGAACCGCAUGCUCGUCAUGGCGGAGAAGACGGGCGUCGGCUGGAAGGUCUGGCUCGGCUUCUUCGCGGCCGUAUGUUUCUUGUUCAUGUACGUCUGGCUAUUCUAAGAGCGAGGCCUUGAUCGACGAGAGGAAGCAAGGGACAAGACGACACGCGCGACUCAUUGUUUAGAUUGGGGAGAUGAGCGUGAUUGCGGACUACCUCUACAAGCUUGGGACUGUUCGAGCUC